AUGGUGCUGCUUUCAAUACAGUGCGCGUUCGUUGGUCUGGCAGGAAGCUUGUUCGAUGUGGAGAUCGACAAUGGUGCAACGGUGAGCAGGUUGAAGCACGACAUCAAGUGGGAGAGCGCGAAUGCUUUGAAGGACGUCGAUGCGCACCAACUGCAGCUCUUCCUGGCGAAGACAAGGGGCGGCGCGUGGCUGCGCGAUGCGGACCCUAGCGUGCUCGAGUUGAAGAAAGGAAGGGUCCAUCCUGACAUCCAGACGAUGGUCGAUGGAGAGAUGAUGGAGCAGGCGUGGACAUUAAGGAGGUGCUGGAAGAGAAUUGCAUGUGCGCCCUAG